AUGACAGAGAGUGUCUCCAGCGAAGCGUCGACCCGCUCGGCCUGGCCGCGUGAGGUGAUGGUCUUCAUGCUCGCGUUUAUUAGUACCCAUGAGAAGCUGUUUGAAUCAGACAGCACACGAGCUGUUGGUUUCGCAAAAUUGGCUGAACGGCUCACGACCCUCCAUCCCAAAAGUCUGUCAUACACGCCCAAGAAAGUGAAGGCGAAGCUCGUCGAGAUUCACAAGUGGUGCGGGGGUAAAGCUCCCAUCGAAGAGCUUUACCAUUAUGGCGUCCAUCAAGUCACUCUGCCUGAUUUGGAGUUGUGGCAAUACGCCACAUACGACGAGAUUCGGCAUCAAAUUGACAUCUUCCGCUUGGAGCAAGGACUGUUCGACCCGUCCUCAACCAUAACUCAGCCUGUCGCAAGCAAGAGCAAAUAUGAGACACGUCAACAAAACCCGUCUACAAGACAAAACUCGGUGUAUCUGCCCCACGUCUUCUGCUACUACGAACCCCCCGAAAACCACUUCUGCGACAAGUGUGCCAAUGAUCUGGAAGACAAUCGGGCGGAAGCUUCCAUGCAGAGCGUCACCAAAGAAAUAGAGCUGCGGUCUGUCGGUCCCGACAAUGAGGAGGACGAACAGAGCCGAGACGACCUGCUGAAGAAGGUCGGAGAGCUACAGCAUUUGACGCGUCAACUCACUGCUGAAAACCAAAGUUGUCAACGCCAGAUCAGAUCAUACAAGCUUGCCCUCCAGAACGAGAGGCAGCUCAGUGCAUUUACCACUUUUCGGGACUUUGACGCCAUAGAAAUUGAGCAGAACUUGCUUCCCACCCCGGAGAUUGGGAAGACGGUCCAAAAGAUCAAUAACCUGAUCCGCGGGUAUUUAUCAUCACAACGACUUCGUGAUAAAGAGCUCCCCUUGAUCUCACUGGUCCGAGGAGGCGCGACAUCGGAGGAGCUCUCCAACACUUGGAGCUCAUAUCUGGGAAAGCAGCCAUCCUCCACCAAGAAGAAUACAACGAGGCAUCUGAAGAACACCACUGCGUCAUCACACGCCAUUCUGAAGACGCUCGUCUGGGCAGCCAUCCGUGAAUGGAUCUUCAAGUCGGAUGUCUUUUCCCUCGAGGAGUUUGCAGGGCCCUUAUUGCCUCAAAUGUCCCAUUGCGUCUCGAAUCGCGACGGACCGGAAGCCCUACGAAAUCUCUACCUCGCUUCUUGGUCGGCACUAUUGCAGAUGGAGAACUCGUGGUUCCAGGACCUCUUGAAGGCCAAAGCCGACGAGCUGGGACAGCGGCUGUUGGCCACGGUUGGCUCACUGGCACAGAUUUGUAACGCCGAUGCUCAAAGCCAAUCCGAUAGCAUCAAACAGGAUCUCGACAACGACGAAGACCACAACCGCUUCCAAGAGAUAGCGAUGACGGCCCUGGUGCUAAAAUCUCGGCUGCCCUUUAAAGCUUCCUUGGUCGAAUUGUAUCUCCCAGCCCCGGGCGACUUCUUUGCCGACUGCCACGAUACACCUCUGCCGCCGACAGGUCGCCUUGAAAAAGGGAAGGUCCUCGUCGCCAUUAGUCCCGCAAUCAUCUUGUACACUCUGGGCGGCGCGAACGACAAAGACCAAACUCCAAGUUCGGUGUUGGACUGCAUGGUGGUCAAUGGGGACAUGGAUCGAGAACAAGGAACCGUUGUCUGUCCGGCUUCUGUCCUAUACGAGAAAGAGUGA